AUGGAUUUUCCGGAUAUCAAAAAGAACCCUAAACCGUUGAACAAUAACAGCAAAGACAACCCCGAAUUUGCUGAUAAUUACUACAAACGGAGUUACAUAAAAGGGAGAAAAAAUGAAGAAGUCAAAAUAGGCUCAAACCUGUCUACGAACAAUGACGUUUUACAGCUACCCAGCGUGCUACAUAACCAAAUUAGGAUAAUACGGACAAAUGACAGCUGCUUUAAGGAUUAUGUCGUCUUGAACAACCUAGGAAAGGGAACGUACGCACAAGUAUGGAAGGUCAAACAUAAAAUUACGAACGAAAUAUUUGCAGCCAAGUUGCUACAACCAAAUCAAUUCCCCAAGGAGUCAUUUAAUCGAAUUGUUGAAAUGUUUACAAAAGAAAUAAUUAACCUAUCCAUAUGUCAAUGUCCAGGGGUGAUCAAAUUACAUAAAGUGAUAGGAGGGAAAGAAGGAUGGAUACUAAUACAAGACUAUGCAAAUGAUGGGACCUUGUGGAAGGAGAACUUAUCUAGCAAUAUGACUGAAGCUUUUCUCUAUUUCAUUCAACUGUUACAAGGCAUGUGGUACAUCCAAGACAUGAACAUCGUCCACAGGGAUUUAAAGCCAACAAAUAUUUUAAGGUACGAUAAUAAAAGGAUAGUCAUAGCUGACUUUGGAUGGUCAGAACAUAUCGACUCUUGCAAUUUACACCCCACGGAGUGGCCAGGGACGUUAGAAAUUAACCCCCCAGAGGUACUCAGAAAUACGGGACCCAUGACGGAAAAAAUUGACAACUACGCCCUUGGGAUGAACAUGAUUUUAUUCAUUUCGGGCAGAUUCGUCUGUAGACAAAAGGGAAUCGAAUGUUCAAAGGUAGCACAAACUAUUUUGAAAACUGUGCAUAAUUUGAGGCACUCCAAACCUCCUAGUAGAUUUAGGGAAAACCUAAAAGCGUGGGACUUGUUCGUCAAGUUGACUUCCUCCAACCCCAGUGAGCGACUAAGCCUGCAGAAUGUGCUGGACCACCCCUGGGUGACGGAGAUGCUGAACAAUUUUAGCCUGCAGAAUUCGAAGUUCCUGUGGCAUGAGAAGGUUAAGAGCAGGUGGAUCUACCUCCUCUCGAAUAACUGGAACUUUUUCAAGAACAUUUCCUCCAUCUCGCCGAGCGGUAUUAGCGGUGUGAGUGGUGUGAGUGGUGUGAGUGGUGUUAGCGGUGUGAGUGGUGUGAGUGGUGUGAGUGGUGUUAGCGGUGUGAGUGGUGUUAGCGGUGUGAGCGGUGUUAGCGGCGUGAGCGGUGUUAGCGGCGUGAGCGGGGCGAAUACGGCGGGCGCUCCCGGUGCAACCCACGCGGUCUACUCACCCAACGCAGUCAACGCCGUUUCCCCCAGCACGAGCGAAAAAAGGAAGCAAAACGGCGAAGUAGACAAGGAGGACGCUUCCCCUUCGAAGGCAAACAACAAGGCAACCGUCGUCAUGGACGCAGACACCCCCAAAGACAAAAGUAGUAACAAUAAAUAUUCGCACGCCUGCCUCAAAAACGACUACGAGAUCCUGUACUACAUGAUGAAGAAUAAUUUUAAAAAUAGAAUCAACUGUUGCUCCGUGAAGAAGAGCGAACCCAGCACCUGCAGGAGUAAUGACAGCAGAACGAAGCAAAGUAGAGAUUCCAGGAGUGCCGUCAAAACGGACCAGAGCACAGUCAGCAGCAGAUACAAUAAUGAUAGGCUCUUGAAUGGGGGGGCGAUUGGCGCAGCUUCUGCCCCCUCUCUCCACAAUAACAACCACGCUGCACAUGGCAAUGCCGACGCUUCGCAUGGAUCCCCAGCUGUGUAUCUGGAAGACGCCAAGAAGGAUAACUUUCUGGUCAUCAACGAUGGUGAGGGAAAGGCGAACAAGGAAAAUGAAGCUAUCGUGAUAAACGACGAGGAGGACGACGAGGGGGGGGACGGAGGUGAGGGAGGCGAAGCAGACGAAGCAGACGAAGCAGAUGCAGCAGAUGGAGCAGCUAAAGCAGCUAAAGCGGAUGGCCUGAGGGACAACCGCGCUCUGCACAACAAUUACAUGCGAAAGAAGAAACACGCACCUCAUCGGGACAGCCUCGGGGAAGAAUCGAAGAAUGGCAAAGCUAGCCAAGUCAGUCAUGCCAGCCAACUCGGCAAGGCGAAAAACACUUGCCACGAAGUGUGUAACGGGGGCCAGGAUGACGAGUUCCUGAAGCAGCAGGAGCGAGACAUCGAGCGCGGGCUCACCGACGGGGAAGAAGCGGAGGAGGGAGGCGAUGCGGAGGAGGAAGAGGAAGACGAGGAUGAUGAGGAUGAUGAGGAUGAAGAUGAUGAGGAUGACGAGGAGGAGGAUGACGAGGAGGAUGAUGAUGACGAAGAGGAGGAAGAAGAGGAGGAGGACCACCAUCAAGACCACCGCAGCAAAGGUGAGCACACCCGCAACCGCACACUGGACGGCAAAAAUAAGCAAGUUGCCUACAUGAAAAACGGGAAAAAUAAUAACCACCUGAAUGGCGUACGGGAAAAGUGCUACGGCAGGAGCGAAACCUACGAUGAUUUUUUAAACUACAAGAGCAAGAAGAAUGCGCAUAGGUAUGUAGACCCCGUAGAGGUGAUCCCCAAUGGAAAUGGCAAAAGUGGUAAGAAGGGAAUGACCCCAAACGAGGAUUCCCCUUUUCAGGAAAGAAACCGUAAUGUUACCAUUAACGCAUCGGAUGAGAAGGAACAGGCGAGUUGCUCAAAAUGCAAAAACGCAUUAGACAGCAAAGCAUCGAAAUGGUUUUUUGCAGAAAAGGAUCAACAGACACAAACGGAGCAGUCAGUGAGUUAUACAAAGAAGACGACGACCCAUCUGGGGAACUUUCAAGACGCGCUCCUCACCUUUAGUGAGUCAAAAAAUCUGAGAUUAUCGAAGGGCCAAAUGAAGGGCGACUUGGCGGAAAAAAUCUGCAGGAGAGGCAGCACUGGGAAUGUGAGAAGCUCGCACAAGGGGGAUGAACUCAAUGGGGUGAACGCAGAGGAGAGAACGGAUAGGGAGGACAGGCCAUGCAAAUAUGAGGGAACGCGCGAAAGGGGGGCGCUGGACCUGGAAGACCCCCCACCCCGCGGGAACAAGUGGAUGCAGGGGGGGGACUCGCCGCGAGAUGGGCACGCGCUGGAGGGCGAAGAUGACGACGAUGAGGAGGAGGAGGAGGAGGAGGAGGAGGAGGAGGAGGAGGAGGAGGAGGAAGAAGAAGAAGAAGAUGAAGAGGACGCCGAGGAGGGGGAGCACUACGAUGAGGAGGAUGACGACGAGGACGACGACGACGAUGAGAACGAUGGCGACGAUGAGGACGAAAAUUACAUCAAAAUUUACGCCAACAACUUCAACAUCAGCAAAUCGGGGAAGCACAGAAAGAGCGUCAAGCAGAAGGAGUCCUUUUCGAACAAAGUCAAUUCAAUAUUGGAGAAUUCGAAGGAGCUAAAAAAAAAGUUAAAAAAGAACUUAACCAGUUUGUACGAAAUGGGUUUAAACGAAGGAGGGGGUGGAGGUGUAGGAGGGGGCCAGAUCGUCGGCGCGCAUGAACAGAAGCGUUACCAGCUGGACCCCCCUCAUAAAGAAAGGGUCGGCACCCUGAACGGAAUUCGCAGCGGCAGCCGAAGUGGCAGUCGUGUCCAAGUCAGCCUCGAUCAGGAAAAGGUCGCAAAGUUGGGGGACCAAAUGGGCAUCAACAUUGGCAGCAAAAUGGACAUCAAAAUGGACAGCAAAAUGGACGGCAAAGGGGACAUCAAAAUGGACGGCAAAAUGGGGAAGCACAUCCAUGAUGAGAACACCUUGUCGAAAAAGAAAAAAAUGGGCAACAAUUCUUUCCUAGGAGCGGAAGGUAACACUGAUGAGGAGGGGCACUACGACUGUGAGGAGGGGCCGGCAAAGGGGGAAAAUCACACCAUUGCAGAGAGAACAAAUGGGCGCCACAUGGACAGCUUACAUAAUAACCAGGAGCCAUUUGACUGCCCCCCCCAUUUGAGGGGCUACUUCAACAAGGCCUCUGCUUCCGCUGCAUCGGCUGCAUCCACCGCGUCAGAUAUUUAUGGGAAGAUGGACAAGCCGGGCGACCUCCCCCGAAGCCUCAUAGACAGCUGCGUCAGGUAUAUGGAAGACUCGCGAGUGAAAAAUAGCCAUCCCGACCGCUUUGCCUGCUAUGCGGAAGGGGAAAGUGUAGGAGAUAAGGAUAAGAAGAACCACCCGUUUCGAGCUGGCAGAAGCGGUGACAUGGAAAAAGUGAGCAGUAAGUUGCCGAUGAAAGAGGGCGAACAGUUGAACCCAACAAAUUGGGAAAUAUUUCCAAAUAACGAUCAAACGAGAGAAUGCGUAAAUGUUCACAUGAAUAGUGGCAAGGAUAAUGAUGAUAAGAGGCAACGUAUUGGCAAUAAAAAGGGAACAUCCAUCGAGGCAAUGGCGAGGGUGCCGUCCAAAAGUGACCUCUCCAAUUAUAGCAUUACCCACCGUGGUAGUAACAACGGGAUGAAUUACGAAUAUGAAAAUGGCUUCUCUUCCAUUUUGAACAAAAAAAAAUUGCACCGGGAAAAUCACCUCCACAGUGAGGUAGAGGCACCCACCAGUCGUUACGUCGAACAAAUGAAGGCUACUACCAAAGAUGGGAAGAACAACAAACAGAUGCCCAUCAACAACCUCUUUCCAGACGACAUCGUAAGAAGUGCAACUGCCAAACAGUGUGAUGACCGAGCAGAUAAAAAUGAAAAGAGCUUCUCCUCCAAUAAUGACCCCUCCACCCAUAUGUCAGACGAACCCACUAGCAGCAACGAUAUGGAGGAUAUUAUAAUUAAUAAUUUUAUGAAUAACACGAAAGGGGGGGCGAAUAGUGAUGGAAGGGGGAAACCGACGGGGGGGUAUCCAACGGGGGGGUAUCCAACGGGGGGUCAUCAAGCGGGAGGCCACCUGGAGCACUUCGAUGGAGCAGGAAAUUACAACCCCUCCAGCGGAAACGCAAGGCAUCACCACUUUUCCAGUAAAGAGAGCUACAGCAAAAAUAAGCAGUACUACCCAACCAAUAAUUUGAUAAAGUUAGCCGAACGCAAGAAUGACGGUGACCCACAAAGUGGCAGCUUCUCCUGCGUGGCGAAUUACGAAACUAGCUACGAGGAGAAUGACUGCAAUAGCAGCAGCAGGAGCGUGGACAAGAGCGAGCAUUCGGGCUUUAUUCGAAUGUUGAGAGCCUUGGGCGGGGAGGAGCACUACGGCAACGGGAUGAGCAGCACGGGCAGCGCCCACGGGAGGGGCAUUCGAAGUGGCAACGGGAGCGGCACCCGAAGUGGCAACGGAAGCGGCGCCCCAAGUGACCACCGCAAUGACAACCGCAGUCGGAACCCAUUUGUGGCGGGCAAGGAGCGGUACGAGGACCCACUGCUAGGGGACCCCCCCCAGGAGGGGAAAGCACCGAGCGGCAAAAAGGCGUUCAAGGCGGCGGGGAAAGACAGACAUUCAGUGAACCUGCAAAUGGAAGGUAAGGCAGCCAACCAGAGUGCGCCUAACCAGGGUGCGCUCAAGCAGGGUUCUCUCAACCAAGGUGCGCUUAACCAGGGAGCUCCCCCGCAUUGCGGCGCUGGGGGGAGUAAAACCUUCGACGAAGUGCGCCGCGCCCAGGCCGUCAGUACGCAUGCCUACUUGGAGGGCGGCGGAAAGGGAGGCCAAACCCGCAGCGAUAAUCGCAGCGAUAAUAGGAGCGAUACUCGAAGCGAUACUCGAAGCGAUACUCGAAGUGAUAAUCGAAGGGACAGCCGAGGGGACAGCCGAAGCGGAGGUGUGCACGACCGCAAGCCCAGCGCGUUCCUCCACCCAAGCAGCUACACCAAGGCGACCAUACGGCUCGACGAAACGAUUCGAGAUAACUUUAACAAGACGUCCAGCUCCUCCACAUACGACUACAGCGAUUUUGAUUUCCAUUGCUCAUCCAACAAGGAUAACAUCGUAGACUCUUUCAACACAGAAUAUAAGUUAACCACGACGAGGGAGAAGGCUGUUAUGCAAAGGCAGAAGCAGGGGGAGAAGCCGGGGGAGAAGCAGGAGGAGAAGCAGGAAAGGCUCUGCUACCACCAAACGGGCGCCAGGUUCCAGGUGCCCAAUUAA